AUGCCAAAGCGACCAGCCACGUCGGGCUAUGCCCGACUUGCCCAGGCUGAAGACGAUGACAGAGACUACUACGAUGAAUCGGAAGAAGAACGCGAUCCAUACAGCGGUCGCCCGCCGCGGACGAUAUCAUCGCCGACCCAAUUUGCCCCCAUCAACUCGCGCGCCCAGAUGCAAUUGUCCGGCACGUCGACUCCACCGGAAUAUCGACGACGGAACAGCGGUCAUGUACGACGUCGAAAACGUAGUAACUCGUCCGGAGUAGACAUCAAGGCGAUCAACGCUCGGCUGGAAAGAUGGGCGGAAGAAAUAGCCUCCCGCUUCAAGAUCAGCAGGGGACCCGGCAAGUCGGCCCAAGAUGAGAAACUGGAAAUACACCACACCGUUUUUCGACCUCCAAAUGGCGUCACACCUUACACAGCCGAGGAGCUAGACACGGAGGAGUACGAGGCAGAACAGAAACAGAACCGUGCCGAGUUCGAGGUUAUUGUCGACAGUGUUCGCACAGCAAUUGAGCUCGGCGUACACCCCAAGUUGAUUACCCAAGGAAGCUCCGGCAGUUAUUUUGCGCGUAAUGCCGAAGGGAAAGUGGUAGGCGUCUUCAAGCCCAAGGACGAAGAGCCUUAUGCGUCGAGAAAUCCAAAGUGGACAAAGUGGUUGCAUCGAAAUCUUUUCCCUUGCUGCUUUGGCAGAGCUUGUUUGAUUCCUAAUUUAUCCUACGUUUCAGAAGCCGCGGCAUCUGUCUUGGAUGCACGAUUGCGCACCGGUAUCGUUCCCUACACAGACGUGGUUUGGCUAUCAUCGAAAUCUUUUCACUAUGAUUUCUGGGAGCGAAGAAAAGCUUGGAGCGGUCGCAGGCCUCUGCCCCCAAAGCCUGGAAGUUUUCAAGUCUUCUUGAAGGGCUACAAGGAUGCUACUUUAUUCUUACGAGAGCAUCCUUGGCCGGAUCAGACCAACACGGGAUUCAACACCGACGAUGCUCCCAAACGAAAGAAACGACCUUGGAACGAAGCGUGCCGUCCAUCUGGUAUACACUCUGAUGAUGAAGAUGAAGACUACGAUGAACGACGUGCGCGUAUCCCGUCUCCCCCAAGCGCCGAACAGGAAGAACGGUUUUACUGGAGCGAGAAUCUCAAACAGAAUUUCAGAGAGGAGUUGGAGAAAUUGGUCAUUCUAGAUUAUAUCAUGCGAAACACUGACCGUGGGUUGGACAAUUGGAUGAUCAGAGUCGAUUGGAAGUCGGAAGAAGUUUCUAUCGUCGCCGAACCUCCAAAGCCCAAUGGUACCACUCACGAUGACGAUUCCGACCCGGCCAUGCCUGCCCGUACUGUUCCUUUGGAUCGACAAAACUCGAGCCAAAGUGUUCCAUUGCCCUAUCGACGACACGAAGCUAUGGUUGCGUCAAGCCGAGCCGGUACGCCUUCCCAUGCGUCAGAGAAACAAGCCACCAUCAGAGUCGGCGCUAUUGAUAAUAGUCUGUCAUGGCCGUGGAAACAUCCUGAUGCUUGGCGCAGCUUCCCCUUUGGCUGGCUUUUCCUGCCCGUUUCGCUCAUCGGACAACCGUUUUCACAAAAGACACGAGACCACUUUCUUCCACUACUUACAUCGACUGCUUGGUGGAGCGGCACUCAGGCUGCCCUGCGAAGAGUAUUCAUUGAAGAUUCCGACUUCAAAGAAAGCAUGUUUGCCCGACAAAUGGCUGUCAUGAAAGGACAGGCUUGGAACGUUGUCGAAACCCUGAAACAACCUGAUCACGGACCUUUGGAACUUACGCGCCGAACCAGAGUUUGCGUAUGGGAUGAUCUUGUGGACAUACCCGUCGCUAUUCCCAUGAGAGGUCCAUCUACCGAAGCCCAGAGACAACGUAUGCGUUCUAUGCGAGACGAAGAUGACCAGGAAAUGGACAUCAGUGCCGCCGUUUCUGGUGCUGCAGAGCAGGAUCGUGAUUUGUUAGGCCUCGGUUCGCCAACCGGUGAACUUCCCAACCCUAACCGAUUUGACUUGGCCCGUGGUCGGAGCUCUGCUGAACUCGGCAGCAUUGGAGAGGGAUCGGAUGACAUUGGCUUUGAUCGACAUAACAUAGCCGAUGAAGGCAGAGACUUAGCGAAGAGUUGGGGGGCUCAACCUAGCCGACCACACGAUUAUAAAGACUUUACGUCUAAUGGACGUGCGGAACGCUCCGCCAGACAUGCACGGCAUGGCUCCUUGACACAGCGACGAGGCAGCAAUGCAUGGUCCUUUGCCGGAGACGAUCUUGAAGGCGAUCUAGGUUAUGCGGCCGCCGAAGAAAUGGAGGGCCACGAACGCAAAGUUAUUGUCGAACGUCUCGAAGCGGUCAAGAGCAAGAACCCUAUCUUCACAUGGUGCUAA